UCCAGGAAGUUGGGUGUUACAGAAAUAAGGAAGAAUUUGAGCACGUAUUUUCUCCUUCUCCUUCAGGCUAAAGCAAUGGAUCAUAAGAGAGAUUAUUUCACAACAAAAGCAUCUGCCAAUGGAACAUCCAAGGAUGGUGAUGAAAUUGAAAUGAAGUAUGCCUUGAUGGGAGCUGGAAUAGGAAUAUUUCUAGUUGUCUCAUUUGUCUUGGUUAAGAUUUACAUGAUUAAAAAACACAUCUAUGAAAAUGAGUUAUCAGAUCCUCCAUCCAGGCAAAGCCAGUCAUUAAGAGAAGAGAGACACAGAAUUGCCUAGAACCGAAAGUCACAGGAGCAGUGAGUGGGCUGUAAGCUUGGACAGCUGCUUCGCUGAAGAAGAGAUGUUUGUGUUUGCAGUUACCACUUGGGACAAGUUUGGAUCCAUUUCUGGAUAUUACAUGGAAUACACAAUUUAUUUAGUAUUGAAAUAAGAUCUUUAGUUUAUCCCAGCACUAACAUUCAGCUCCAUGCUACCUUUCCCCAGUGAAUUCUGUCAGCAGAACCAUCCAUUCCUGCCUCUAUGAUAUCCUUACCGAGAUUCCGUUUAUCCCAUUUAAUUUGGUACUUCUUGUAGUACCCUGCCCAUCUUCACUCACUGGAUAAACAAAGUGCUUAGUUUUCUAAUGGAUUUGUUAGGCUUGAUACUGAUUUUUUUUAUUAGAUUUUUUAUUUUUUUAACUUUUUUGUUGAAUAAUGUAGUAUUCAUGUUACAUGAAACUUAGCACUUUUAAUCUUAAACUGCGGUCACACCAUGCCGUUAGACUGCCUCUUGAAGCAAAUGUUGACCACAGCCCACUGGCCCAUACCAGCUGUCUCGAUUCUGGUACCUGUGGCCAUUAAAGUAUUUGCACAGGCAGAUUCCUAUCAAUUGUAACAGAUGUUGUAAAUAGUAUUAGGAAAGUGCACAAACAAGUAGAUUUAGGAUGUAUCUCAAAUGUUCACACUCACACAGUAAUUUUGCGUGGUUCCUCAUUUUCAAAGAUCUUGUGUCCUUUCCAACAGUGCAAGCCUGUAAGGAAGGAUCAUUCCUAAUCACCAGCUCCCAUAGCUGCAGACUGCUGUCAGUGCCGGUGACCAGCAGAAAUGCAGGACAAUACUCUUGUGAAACAUACGUUCAAAUGCACAUGCAGCAAGCUGAUAUUGUGUGCAAUAAUUCAGAGUACGAGCACCAGCACAGAGCAGACGGGGCUGGAUGUCUCAAUCCUGUGCUGUAAAUCUCAUGUCAUUCCAAGCAGCCCCACUCUAAACUGCAUUACAGCCAUGCAACAUCUUGACUGUGUGCUGCUAAUAUUUAGUAGCUUUGUAGUUAUUUCAGGAGAUUGUAUAAACCAGAACCUUGUUGUUUUGUUGCUAAACAUGGCAAUAUCCUCUUUUUUACUGUGUGUUUUGAGUCAUAUGUGUUCUGUGUCUGUAAAAUUAAUAGGUAUAAUUAAUAAAUUGUUAGUUGCAAAUUUAUAAAAUCGGCCGACUUCUGAAUGGUGAGCAGCUGGACGUGAAAUUCCUCUAUUCAAGUACUCUUCUCCAUCCGGUUCUAAUUUCCCUCCAGGCCUGAUGGCCUCCUGUCAGUCCCGAUCUCUCAGUCCCUCUGCAAGUUUCAAUCUUCCUUUGCAGCUUUUCCUGCCCAUGUUGCAUUUUGUUUACAACAAACUAAAUGUGCUCACCAAAAAGCACAUUUCCUCGUUUGAUCCCAAUCAAAAGCAAUUAGAAAGC